AGGCUGUAGCACUUUGUUUCUGUGUAGUGAGCAAGUUGUUUGGAAGAAGAGAGAGAGAGAGAGAGGAAGGGUGGGGGCGAGCGAGCAGAGGACAGGAGAGAGAAAGAGAAAAGAGAGAGAGAGGGGGAAAGAGAAAAUCUCGUCAUGUCUCUCUUCUUCUGCUUCUUCGUGUCCGUUUAGUGAUCUCGCGGCGCUGCGCAGAUAAUGUCCGAGAAUGUCCAUUUCUGGGACUUUGAGCAACUACUACGUGGACUCCAUCAUAAGUCACGAGAGCGAUGAACUCUCAGCCCCGGCUCGCUUUCCCGGUGUGCAGUACUCCGGCUCGAGCUCCGCCGCGUUGGCGGCAGGGAGGCAGCCCGGCGGAGCUGCGCACGCGGAGCAUCCCCAUGCCGAGUCGUACCCGUCCUGUAGCUUCCAGCCGAAGCCCCCGGUCUUCUCCUCGUCCUGGAGCCCGUUCAGUCCGCACCACGGGGCCAGCGGCCUCCCGGCUGUUUACCACCCGUACAUCCCGGCGCAGCACGUGCCCGCCGCGGACACUCGGUACCUCCGCUCGUGGCUGGACUGCGCGCCGCGCGGCUCCGAGUCUGUCCCGGGUCAGUCGGGGCAGGUCAAGCUGGAGCCGCAGCUCGCGCAUCUCGGCACAGAGAUCCCUCCUAAACUCAGUGGACAGCUCCAGCACGAGACCACCACGUACAUCCUGGAGUCGACGUCCACGGCGGCGCGCGAGCUGAACCACCAUCCGUCCGCCAUCCCGGGACUAGGGUUCGAGGAAAAUAAGGACAUUUGUGAGGGGAGUGAGGACAAAGAUGGCCUGGAUCAAACUGACCCCUCGGCCAACUGGCUGCACGCGCGCUCCUCCCGGAAGAAGCGCUGUCCGUACACCAAGUACCAGACGCUCGAGCUCGAGAAGGAGUUCCUGUUCAACAUGUACCUCACGCGGGACCGGCGGCACGAGGUGGCGCGCGCGCUCAACCUGACAGAGCGGCAGGUGAAGAUCUGGUUCCAGAACCGGAGGAUGAAGAUGAAGAAACAGAGCAAGGACCAACCCAAGGACUAAGCGGGGACUCUCGGACCCACGCACGAGCGGCACAUACGCCUGGUUUUGACGCACGUGCACGCACGCUCACAACAUGUAUCCUGUAACGUUUCUUAAACACAAAAUGGCCUUCCUGCAAACACGCACACAGACAACCUUUCCAAUUAGUUUAAACCUCCAGGCCCUACCACACCUGAUCGAUACACCUGAUCAGCGGCUUCAUUGAUCUAAUGAAGGUCGCACGCGCUCCCUGGGAGGCCUGGACUCUUGAACAAUUUUCGUUUUCAGUCGUGGUGGAUGAUGGGUAAAAAGUCACAGACCUACAGUGAUUCUUCCUGGAACUUUUUUCCUGACAAUGUGUGGGACUGCUUCUAAAGCUGCGGACUGGACUGAGUGUUUGGUGACGUCAUGCGUCUUUAUUUCACGCUGUUUUUAAUUAGUUUGAUCUGUAAUGUAAAGGAAGAAAGUAUCACACCGCCUCGUGCUAUAGAGAGAGGGAGAGAGAUGUUUUCUUCUUUAUCAAGCACUACUUUUCCUCUUAUUGGUUAUUUAUUGUUCCGUGUCUGACACCGGAGGCGCGCGAAGGUGCUGAAAUCGUGGUUUCACGUGGCCAUUAAUAAACACCAGGAGCGGAGGAGGAUAGAAACACGAACACCUCCUAUACCGGCAGGGUUUGAUUAGAAAGCGCCUGAUGUUCGGCGUUGAUACAAGCAGCAAGCCGCCGUUUGUUUCCAGGUUGUCGGUCUAAGUAAUGAGCAGAUACCGAGAGGAGGGGGGAGGUGGAGUGAUGGGAUGGUGAGGGUGUUAACCCGACUCAGCAACCGAGGGGCUCCGAUUAGGCUGCUGUCGAUACGGUGGAUCCCGCCCUCCGGAUGCUUUAUCUGCUACAGCUCCGCUCGUGCUCGGCUUCUCUCGGCUGUCGAUCGUCGCACGAGCCCGGAGUCAGCAGAGUUUAUUAUCUCCAAGAAACAUACAAAAUAAUCAUCAUCAAGCACACACAUCAAGACUUUGUAUGUGUGUGAAUGCUCGUCAGAUUUAGGGGAGACUGGGGCCGGUUGCAACAUUUCUCUCACUGUUUAGAUUAGAAAAUAAAAACACAUUUAUUCUCAUUAUUAAACUUCAACACCUCUGAUAAUUACUAAUAAUUAUUUUGAAUAAAUGCAUAAAAGUGAACAACAUACAUUUGAAUCAGAAAUUAGAUUUUGUAGGUUUUCACAGAGAACAUUUACCGACACUUAUCAGGGACCUUACAAGGUUUUAAAAAGUUCUCCUUAUUGUCUCAAAACACAAUAAAAAAUGUGCAUUAUUUUAAAAAUUGUAAUAUUUUAUAAUUUAUUCAUGAAUUAGAUAAUACCACAUUUUAAAAUUUGAUAUAACCCUAGAAUGUUUAAAGUUUGGGAUUUUUGAAAAUAGAAAAUUAUUUUUCCUAAAUUCUUUCUACAGAUUAAAAAAAUCAGUUUAAUGUAAUUUAUAUUUUAUUAGUUGUAAAGGAAAAUGUAGAAACUAAUUUCAAUGUAGUGAUUUGAACAUUUUUUUUUUCAGACUGAAUGACUCUCUCUCUUGUUGACACAGUCCCCGGUCUCCCCUACUUCAGGAGCUAAAGACUCGGACAGCUUUCCACCCUCCAACAGAUUUAAAAACCAGUUACACACAAACGUCUUAAUUAGAACAAAAUCUUUCAUGGCUGCAGAAGAAUCUUCAGCAAAACGUCAGAAUCUAGUCCGCACAAAGUCCGCGUGGUCCUCAACGUCCUUCUCAUCUUUCUUCAACGUGAUUCUUCCUUUCUCUGGAGGAGAAUCAUCUCUAUUUUUAUACAAAGCUACAGUUUGUUCUGUAAUAUCUGCUAUGCAAGCACGGGUUCCUCUCUAGUCAGGAAGUAUCCACAGGCAGUGUGCGCAAAGAGAGAGAAUACAAAAACACGCUCACAUGUUGACUGGAAAUCUGAAUUCCUCGUCGGUGCCCCCCCCCCCCCCCCCCCCCCCCCCCAGAAAUAUGAUUCCUAUAUGUUGUAAAAGAGGUUUUAUAUAAACAGAGAGGACAGGACGGCCAGCGUGGAAAUGCUUUAGCAAUAGUGUCGACGUUUAAUAGCUCAGAAAAUGAUGUGGUCCGUUUAUGCAGAAUUUUAUGAGUGUGAGUGUUAAAGUAUGAAGAGGCCGUGUUGGACUGUUUCUACGGCGUUAUUUGGAGUGUCGGCGUAGUUAAAGGGCGUCCGAUGGCAGUUUUAUGGACGGAUCAUAAACUACACACAGGCUUUACAGCGUUUACAACCGUGUGUGUGUGUGUGUGUGUGUGUGUGUGUGUGUGUCCGUGUCCGAUAAGAAAGAGAGAAAGAGGAUGUGUGUGUGCGUGUGUUGGCCGUCGCGGUUGCAGACCACGAAGGCUGCCUGCACCAACAUUGUAAAAACUAAACAUUAUAUAUAAAUAUAGUUUACACACACACACACACACACACACACACUGCAGCUCUAAUUAACGUGCAGAAAUAACGGGUCCACAAACAGCCUCUCUUCUCUUUAACUUUUCUUUCUUUUUUCUUUCUUUUUUUGCAGCGUCUUAAACAGAAGCGCGCGCAGCAUCACACCCUCCAUUCACGAGCACAAAUGUUUACAUGGUUUGCGCAUGCCUCGAGUCUCGAGUCGUUUUGAGACGUGUUGUUUUCGUCGUUUAGCUCUUUGUGUGUUCAAUGUGUCGGAGGGGGAAUGCUUUCAGAAAAAUAAAAAGCAGACUAAAUAGAAGUUUUUUUUCUCGAUAGGAAUAUUCCUUAUUUAUUGUAAAUAAAGUGAGUAACCUCGUCUUUCUUAUUGGAAUAUGAUGAUUCUUGUUUGUCUAAUAUGGAUUUGACUGUAUAUAUAUGAUUCUGUUCUCUCCUUUCUGUUUCCUUGUUAUUGUGCAGACUGUCUCUUUGUGUUUGAUGGUGAACAGUGGUGAGCAGGACUGAAGCUGCAGGGAGGACAGAUUUAAUUCAAAUGUAACAAUGUCUCUUUAAAACGAUCAGCUUGAUUUGAAUUAUUGACUCUUACUUCCGCCUUCUUCUCUGUAUUUAUUCUCCUGACUGAGGGACUUUUGGUUCCUGGAGGUUUUUGUAGUUGGUGAAUAUGGACAGAGCUCCAGAAGUCUCUCUCCUCUUCAGACAAAUGUGACCCAUGUGUCCACAGUGUGAAGGCUUUAUUACCGAGCAGGCGGACUCCACAGUCUCUGUGAUCCUCUCCUUCAUGUCUCCAUGUGUCACUUCUUGUGCGUUUUUCUCUUCUCUGUGUUGUUGUCUUCUGUUCCUUUGUGCGAUGGCACUGCUGAUGCUGGAUUCAUAUUAAAGAAGAGUCUUUACACAA